AAAAUGAUCGACUAUUGAAUAUGAAUUGCACGUAACCUCGUGUUUAUAACGUUUGUAGAUUUUAAAUAUUCCUAUUGCUGUACGUUAUUUUAUUUAAACUCUUUGGUGCAUUUAGUUUACUUAUGUACUUAUAGAUGGCGUAUUGUCAUUGUUGUUUUUCUGUCGAGUGUCAGCUGUUACAGCCUUUAAAGUGGAGUCAUGAAAAAUGUCUUGUACUCAGCAAAUGGAUGAAUUAGUUAAGGAGUAUCUCUUAUUUAGAGGAUUCACGACAACUGUACGGGCUCUAGAUGCUGAAGUUAAAUCCGAGAAGGACAAGGCGUUUCGGCCUGACAAAAUAGUUGAGCAGUUUAUUCACUUCAUUACCUUGUAUGAUCUUAAUGGUCUGAAAGAUUAUUGGAAUCACUUUGAUCAGUCUGUUUUUGAACGACUUGAUCCAAAUUUCAUGCCAGCUAUCAAGAAAAUGGAAAAUUCUUUACUACGGAUGUACUUGAUAAAUGCAUGCACUAAUGGUAAACAAGAAAAGGUCCAAGAGUUCUUUGAAAAACUUGGAAGUGAUUUGCAACAUCAACUUGAGUGGAAAGAUUGGUUUGCUUUACCUUUCAUUAAAAAUCCGGAUGAAAACCCAACAUUCAUGGUCUAUUUUACAAGACAAUGGCAGGAUACAAUGCUAAUCUCAUUGCAUAAUUUACUUGCUGUUUCUUUCCAGUGCUUACCUCAACCAAAACUGACCACAUACAAUGAAGAGGCUUCGCGUAUUACUCGUUUGCAGGCUGAAAAUGAUCAACUUAAGUCGAAGUUGGCGAGGACAAAUAUUGGCGAGACUCACGAGUCAGGCGGUACAAACAUACUGUCAUCAGAUAAUUUCCCUCCAGAGAUACUUCACCAGCAGACAAUCAUAGUCGCUCUUUCAGAAGCUUCAUACGUGGCUUUGGUACAAAUUCCGGAGUCAGCGGUUCUCUCAACACAUCUCCUCUCUCUGGAAGAAGGGCAUCCUCUUCUCCCAUGAAUCGUUUUUAACGUAUUUCAAGUCGAAUUGUAAAUUCAACACAUUCUUACGAUAAGUAAAGUACGUCAUUUCUAGCACCACAA